AUGUCCCGCGAAAUAACCGGCGGGUCGAUUAAUCUUAAGGUUAUCGUGGCUGAAGCAACCAUAGGCCCUUCUGAAACCAAACAAGCUAUCCGCGGCCGUGUCGCUCUGUCACAAGGCUGUAACCGCAGGCAAUCACUUUACGCGCAAGUCGAUGAUUCUGGCAUCCCCACAUGGAGAGUCGCAAGGCCGUCGGCGGACGGUUCCGGCGAACAGAACGGAGUGGUCGAGACCCCUGCGAGGACCCUGCAUGCCCUGCAUGGUUAUGGCGCAACGGGCGAGCAGCCGAAGUCGGGCGAUCACUCGCGCCUCCGAUCGAGCACAUCAUGGCCAGGUGAAACCAUCGCGGUCACGGGACCGGAAUUUGAUGCAGUUGAGAUACAGUGUCAAAAUAUGCAAGCAUCAGGUCUGCUUUUCGGGGGGUAUAAGCGUCGCUAA